CCAGCGGACGACAGUGUGUUUUUCCAGUUUCCUUUUAGUAUGAGUUGAGCGCGCAAAUUGUGUGGACGUUUAGAAGCGGCGAAAAUGAAGUUAUAGUCUGCGAAUUUUUUAACUUUUUAUAUGAAAUAUAUUUUUUUGGUUAGCAAAUUAGUAAUAUUUUGUAUGGAAUGAGUGCUUGUGAAGCAAUAUUUAUUUGCAUUAAAUUAUUUAUGAAAAAAUCAUUAGAAUCGUUGAUAUAUAAGCCAGUGUGCGCUUAGACUUUAGCUUUGAGCUCAAAAGCGGUGCGACCACGUGUACAGCAGCAGACUCAUUGGAGUGAGUACGCGGCAUGAGCGAACACCCUGCCAAAUAAUAUUUUACAGCACUCAGCGAGCAUUUUGAACGCUUAGUGAGCGCUACAACUUAUUUACAUACACUCAAACAUUGACAAAAGGUAACAACUUUCGUAUACAAAAUGCAAAUUUUGUCUACGUUGACAAACUGAUAACGCACAGGGGUGCGCGCGUAAGCGAGUGAAUGCGCCACGCUGCCGUGUAUUGAACCCAACAGGAAAUAACCAGUGAUAAGUGUUAAAAGCAACAGAAACAAAGUGCCAUUUAACUAGUAAUUUACUAAACAUAAGCAAAACAACAAACAUUUAACGGUAAAACACAACAAACAGCUGUUGAACACAGAGAGAGAGAGCGGCAGAAAAAGCAUUUGAGCAUAUCUAGCGCAUAGCGCGUGGCGGCUGAUGCAAUAGCGCGUCCGAAUUGCCGGUAAAAAUAAAGCGGUAACAAAAACACGAAAGUCAAAACGUAAAACAAGCAAAAAAAGCAAGCAAACGCCUCGAGAAAACAAGAAAAACAACUAAAGUAAACAAGAAAACAGCUUAAGAAAACACGAAGCAAACGCAUGCGCUCCAAAACACGGAAGCACCCUUACCCACAGCGCACAAACAGCCCUUAAAAACGUCUUCAAACGUAAGGAAGCAACACAAAUAAAAACCUAAACACAACUCAACCUACCUCGUAGAGCACUUUACAGUACGCUACUCCACUAUUUUCUACUCUACUCUCUUUCCUAACGUGAAACAACUCAAAUUGAGUUAAACCUAUUUUAUAUAUAUAAAAAACAAAUAUCAGCAAAUUUCACAAUGGCACGCAUACAGGCCAGUGAUAAUAUUGUACCUCGUCACAUCUUCGAUACACCUGUCAAUUCGACCGCCGAUGUAACCGGCAACGCGCUACACAAUCACUCAACCGACAGUUCGAGUCAAGGAUCGGGUGUUAAGCUUAAAAAACAAAUCGGUUUGCUCGAUGGUGUUGCCAUAAUUGUGGGCGUCAUUGUUGGCGCCGGCAUUUUCGUCAGUCCCAAGGGGGUGCUCAUAUACUCCGGUUCGAUUGGUCAGUCGCUGAUCGUUUGGAUAUUGUGCGGCGCAUUGAGCAUGGUUGGUGCGCUCUGCUAUGCGGAAUUGGGCACAAUGAUACCGAAAUCCGGCGGUGAUUAUGCUUACAUUGGCACCGCAUUCGGACCAUUGCCCGCUUUCCUGUAUCUGUGGGUGGCGCUGCUGGUGCUCGUGCCCACCGGCAAUGCCAUCACGGCGCUCACAUUCGCACAGUAUUUGCUGCAGCCAUUUUGGCAGUCCUGCGACGCGCCCAUAGCGGCGGUACAACUGCUGGCAGCGGUGAUGACAUGUAUACUAACUGUCAUCAAUUGCUACAAUGUGCGUUGGGUGACACGCGUCACUGACAUCUUCACCGGCACCAAAGUAUUUGCGCUGCUUGUUAUUGUUGCCGCUGGCGCUUGGUAUCUCUUUGCCGGCCACACCGAACAGUGGGAUGAACCGAUGCGGGGCACCUACACAAAACCUGGCAUGAUAGCGCUGGCCUUCUACAACGGACUAUUCUCAUAUUCUGGUUGGAAUUAUUUGAAUUUUGUCACAGAGGAGUUGAAGGAUCCCUAUAAGAAUCUGCCGCGUGCCAUUUGUAUUUCUAUGCCUGUGGUGACACUCAUCUAUGUGGUGACCAAUAUCGCAUACUUUUCGGUGCUCUCACCCGAAGAGAUGUUAUCAUCGGAUGCCGUCGCUGUAACGUUCGGCGAUAAAAUGCUCGGCUUCAUGUCCUGGCUAAUGCCGUUUUUUGUGGCCUGCUCCACGUUUGGUUCGUUAAAUGGCGCCAUAUUUGCUUCGUCACGUCUCUUCUUCGUUGGCGCACGUAACGGUCAUCUGCCAGCGGCCAUUUCACUCAUCAACGUCAAUUGUUUAACGCCAGUGCCAUCGCUGAUAUUUUUGUGUGCCAUUACCUUGGUGCUGCUCUUCAUCAGAAACGUCUAUUCGCUCAUCAAUUAUGUCAGUUAUGUUGAGGCGCUCUUCACACUACUCUCAGUGUCGGGCUUAUUGUGGUUGCGUUAUAAGCAACCGAAGACCGAACGACCUAUCCGCGUCAAUCUCGUGCUACCUAUACUCUUCCUGCUGACCUGCUUAUUCCUAGUGAUCUCGUCCGUUUUGGAGUCACCCGUCGAAGUGGGUAUUGGCACCGCGAUUAUACUCUCUGGCAUACCGAUCUACUACCUAACGAUACAUCGACCUGUCAAGUGGCUAACGAAUCUGUCACAAGCGAUAAAUCUCUGGUGUUCGAAAUUCUUUAUUUGUAUGCCGAAUCAGGAGAAGUUCGAUUAGUUGCUAAGCUUAAAAUACUAAAUUAAUUUUAUAUCAAGUCCACGCAAGCGACGAAAACAUAUACAAAUUGUGACGCUAUCUAGGGAUACAUAUGGAACAUAUAGUCGAUGCUUUAGGUAUAUUGUACAGCCUAUAAGAUAUACAUAUAUUUUUAACUAGAAAUAUAGUGCCUAAAAUAGGCCAUAGUAUCAUGUAUGUGCCUUCAAAAAACCAAUUUUUGAAAGUUAAAAGUCUUUAAAUUGAUAUUGCUCCAAAAUUGAAUAAAUAUAUAAAUAUCAAGAUCAUAUAUUUGUAUAACAUUUGUACAAAAAUAAACUCAAAUACUUUUUCUCAUACGAUUUAGAAUUUAUAUUCAUUUAGACUUAAAAUAAAUAUUUUUUAACCUUAGGUUAAGUAAAUAUUCCUACUUCCAGCGAAUGCGACAAAUUUCUAUUGUUUUCCACAUUUUGUCUUCUUAGAAAUGUAUAGUAUAUAUAUAUGAUAUAUUAUCACAUGGUUUAACCCAUCGCCAUUCCAAAAUAUUUUUCAAAACGAUAUAUUCAGCUAACGAAAGCUGAACAAAUUUUCACAGAAUGGUUUAAUACGCGUUCUUAAAUAUAACUUUCAUAAAGCUUUCAACGAAAAAGCUCUAGUCGCUUGAAUUCGUUAAAUUUUUCAUCAAACACAGACACAGAAUGAAAAUAAUUGCAAAAUUUAUGAGCAUUCGCAUCGAGCUUUCGAAAAACCUCAAGUGGGUUGAAUUUUUCAAAGCUAUCAAAAAAGUACAGUGAAGGCCAUCUAAAAACUUGUGUACUAUUACUUUAAUUACGCGCUCUAAAAUUUAGUUUUCGUAAAGCUUUCAAAGGAGCACCAGUCGAUGGAAGUUGUCAAAGCUUUCAUGGCUUUGUAUUGAAAGCCAUCAUAAAACGUUAUCACUAUAACUUUUAUUACGCGUUCUAACAUUUAGCUUUCAUAAAGCUUUGUAAAAAGCUCCAGUCAAAAUUUUCACAUCUUUCACAAAAAAAGCUAUCAUAAAAGAUUAUUGUUAUUAAUUAUAAAUAUUUUUAUUAAUUAUGUCUUUAAUUUAGUUUCAUAAAGCUUUCGAUCGAAAAAGCUCUUCUGAUUUGAGUUCAAAGAUUGGGUGCUUUCAAAAACUUGUUGACAGAAUAGGCUUCGAAUUGUUCAAAAUAAGUAAAGCUUUCACUAAAGUUACAUUAAUUACGCCCGCCAACAUUUAGCAUUCAUUAAGCUUUCGACAAAAAAGUUCCAGCCUUUUGAACUCGACAAAAUUUUGAUUAAAGAUACAAUAAACUUAAAUAUUGUGCGCUUUCACAUGGAGCUUUCUUAAAGCUUUCGAAUUUUUUCAAAUAAAUAAAGCUUUCACUAAAGUUGCAUUGAAAACUAUCAUAACUUUUACUACGUCCGCCAACAUUUGGCAUUCAUAAAGUUUUCGACAAAAAAAGCUCCAGCCGUUUGAAUUCGACAAUAUUUUGUUUACAGAUGCAAUAAUAUUAAAGGCGCUUUCUUAAAGCUUUCGACA